CCAGCCAUCCAGUCGCUUAGAUACACUGCUCUUUCCUGCCGCUCACCAUCUAUCUGCUCUCUGUUUUGAAGUUGGAGGAAAACUUCUUCUUUUAUUCUUAUUCGGGACUUGUCACUUUCGACAGCCGCCUUGCACGAUCAUAAUAGAUUUAUGUUUGAUCCAGAGAGAUGAUUGCAUUUCUCUGAGAUGAGUGAAGAGCUUUGAUGAUUGCCAUUCUGCGUGGAUUGUUUGGCAUGUUUGAUGAACAGCGCGUAAAACAGUAAGAGAAUGAAUGUUCCAUUGGCGUAAAGGGAUACUACUUUUCCACAGAAUGCUCUGUAAACUUUUUAUAAUGUUCAAGUAAAUACAGUGAACAUUUUAUAAUAAAGCUGGAAUCCCUGGAGAAAAAUAUUAUAAAUAAAUUCCUAAAGAAUCGCUAAAAAACUUGUUGAAGAAGUUUUAAAUAAUGGAAAUCUUUCUUACGCUUCAGUGGAAAGUGGGCAAAGAAACAGUUCAUGAUUAUUUUAAUUUUAUGAAAUGCGAUUUAUGUCAUUAAUUCAUUUGUGGAAAUUGCAGUGAGAGUUAUAAGUCUCUUAAACAGUAUUACUUUAGGAGCUGUUUCGGUCGUACUGAAUUUGUAUAACUUUUCUAAUACAACUAGUGUGCAUUUCUUGAAACAAACUCAAAAUGAAAAAUAACCGAUUAGAUUGUUUGAACGGCUAUUCCUUAAGAAUGAUAAACAGCCAGCGUUUCUCUAACAUGUUUGUAACAAUUUUUGGGAUUAUAGUUCUCAACAUUGUCGCAAAGCAAGUCGAAUCAUCCACUGCUCUCACUCGUCCAGACGGGAAAGUAGUUGAUCCCUAUUGGCAAGAGAGCAGCACGGCAGGCAUCAGACAUCGCUCCUUAGAAGAUGCCCCCGGAUACGUUCCCCCGGAAGACUUCAUAGACCCGGACGAUUCCACCACAGGCAGGAGUCACAUCUCUCCGGCCUUUGACGAGAGCACGCCUCGAGGCAUCACCACUCAACUAGGGCAGACAGCCUACCUACACUGCAUUGUCAACAAUCUCGGUGACAAAACGGUGUCGUGGAUUCGGAGAACAGAUUUUCAUGUACUCACCGUAGGGAUGGAAACUUACACUAGUGAUGAACGUUUUGAAGCCCUCCACCUGCAGAAGAGCAAUGAUUGGACUCUUCAAAUCAAGUACACGCAGCUGAGAGACUCAGGAACUUAUGAAUGUCAAGUCAGCUCGGAUCCUAAAAUCAGUUUCUUUGUAAACCUCACCAUUGUAGAGGCCAAAGCGAGCAUCGAGGGAGCACCGGACAUCUACGUGAAAAGCGGGAGCUCCAUUAACUUGACGUGUGUCAUCACGCAGAGCCCCGUGCCCCCUGCCUUUGUGUUCUGGUACCACGACGAGCGGAUGAUCAACUAUGAUUCGACGAGGGGUCUCAUCGCAGUUCAAAAGGCGGGAUCUGACACCGCUGUCUCCAAGCUCUUCAUCAAGGAUGUGCAGCCCUCCGAUUCAGGGAACUACACCUGCUGCCCCUCCAACGCAGAGGCCACCAGCAUCACUGUACAUGUGCUCAAUGGAGAAAAACCUGCGGCGAUGCAGCAUGAUGCCAAUCCCGGACACUCCCUCUCCUGUCCUUUCCACUCCCAUCGAUUGAUCCACUGGCUAAAUAUCCUUCUGUGGUUUAUCCUGAGGUGACCGAAUCAUAUCAUCCUGCACCACUAACUGAAACAGACACCUGGAUUGCUUUUCUCGAUCAUAUUCCAGAAGCAUUUUACGGCCGCUGUUCCAAAGACUGCUUUACGUUGAACAUUCCUAUGUCACCUGGAACUAAGUGGAACGACUCAUUUUUCUAGCAAAAUGUGCUGGAGAAAAAUUUAUGAAUUCUUAAACUGCAGAUGUAGUUAAAAUACAACAAUGGGUUACACAUAUAUUGGAUUUCCGUUAAAUAAGGAGAAUGCAGCAUGAACAAGAAUUUGUUACGUUAAUUAUUUGAGACAAUGACAAAAUGGAAUAUUAUAAAAGGUGCUUUAGAUAUAAAAAUGUGGAAUUUCUGUUGAAGAAUAGGAGGAGUUUUAUUUUAUGUUUAGAGCGCCAUGAAUGGAAGACAAAUGCAUACGUUUAAGUUGAUUUUUCCUAGGAUAUAUUAUUUCCAAAAAUAUCUAUAUAUUUAAAAUUUUUCUUUCAAGAUUUUUUUUUUCUUUUUCAUAUAGAAGAGUGAUUUUCUGCGAAAACAGAAGACGUUUCAAUAUAUUUAAGAACAUUUCUAAUACUGAUAAAUAACAAGCAGGUAAUUGCUCGAUUUUUAUGCGUUUAAACAAUUAACGAGUAUGACAUUACUGUCAAAUCCGGCUUGUUUCUAAUAUUAUUUGUGUGUCUACAGCAUAACACAUUUUGAAUUUGAAAAAAAUAAUUUUAAAUAUUUUGUAUUUUAGGUGGAAAUUAAAACGCUUCAUUCUGAUAAACUGUCAUUAUGCAUGGAAAUUAAAUUUGCUGUUUAAUUAAAUUUUCCUUAAUUUAACGCAAUGUAAAAAUAACAUGCAAAAUGUUUUUAUAUUGUUUAAAAUAGCAUAAAAGUCAAUAAAUUUAUGCCAAAGAACUUAUCUAAGAUUUCCAGUGUUAUUUCGAGGUUUGUAAUACAAGAGCUUAAAAUGAAUUUUUAAGAUGCAUUUUAUCCACGCACUUUUCAAAAAUUUGUUUUAUAUAUUUUUGCUUAUGGUGAAGAUUUUCCUCCUCAUGGAAAGGCAUUUGACGAGAGCUAACUUCUUUUUUUCUAUCUCAAAAAUAUUUAGGAUGUCCACUGUAAUUAUGGACCUCUAGCUCAUUACUGGAUCAUUAGAAAGAAGAAUACGCUUCCAAUUGGAAAAAUGUUUUAAAUAUAGAAUUGUUUCUAACUCUAUUAAAUCAAUAAAUGUAAUUCGUAAAGAAUUAAAACCAAAACUUUUAUGCAAUAAAAUAGUUUUAUUAAUUGAAAGAAAAAAAAAUAAUUUUUAUCCUAUAAUAUUUUAAAGGAUAUGUGACUGAAACUAGUAUGUACUUCAAUAUUUUAGAUUAUUUCAAUGUCGUCCUCAAAAGAGAUACGCUAAUCCAGUGUCGUAGCUUCUUUGAGAUGGUCAUUUAUUGACUUUAAAUAAAUAUAUGCAAAAGCAUCGUAACUCCAUCAGGCCUAAUAGCAAAAACAUUUCAUUUAAAAAAAUAUUAAUUUGCUAAAUUCAUUCUACUUUAUUUCAAUAAUAUGACCGGGGGAUUCAAAAGUUAAGUUUUGUGACUUUUUCUGAAUCAUUGACUUAUCGACAAAAACACCGUAAUAAUGAUAUUAAAUAUUUUUCCAAUUGGGAGUAUGUGCGUAUUUCUAAUGUUUUAGACUUUUGCUAUUGGAUCAUUUUUAAAGAGGACGACCAAAAAAAUCAUUUUCAUAUUUAAGUUUAUUUAAUAAUUAUAAAAGUUUUUUUUUCUUGCAUGGGAGAGGUUUAAAAAAAACUGUCUAAAUAAGUGGCAUUUAAAAAUUCUUUUUUAUUUCAAUAAUAUAUUAGGAUAACUUAAUUUUAAUUACAUACGUAGAAGCAAUUUUCAGAUGGCUAAGACAAUCGUUUCUAUGAUCUGCUGCAUCAUGUCGACUUAAAUAUUGGCACUGCUUUCUUUAAAAUUAUUACAUUAAACUGAUAAUUUAUUUUAGAUAAUUGUGAUAUUUUUUCGAAAAGAUUGCUAAAAUGAUAUGAAUUACGAUUUAAAUCGCCUAAAAUUAAAUUAGUUAAAUGGAUAUCGUUUUUUUUUGUUUUCAUUAAUUAUAAGUAACGACUGUUUUGAAUUAUUUUAUGGACAGAAUGAGAAAAAAUUCAGUAACUAAUAUCACAUAGUUAUGCUCAAGAGUGCACUUACUGCAUGUGCACACCAGCUCAAUGAGGAUGUCAUGUUUUAAGGUAUAUAUUUUACGUUUGUAAAAAUAAUUAUGUAUAGUAAAAGUGUUGUGUGAUGUAUAUUAAACCAUGAGAAACAAUUUAAACAAAGGAAGGUAUGCUGUGAAUUACAACUUAGAAACAGGAAACACUCUUCAGACUCAGUAUGAAAUAUUUCUGAUUUUAUCUCGAUAACUCUAAAAUGAAAUAUUUUUAGUGAAUGGUGUGCAUUAAAGUGCAAAGUCAAGCCGGUGUACUAUAGAAACUGCAGAAGUUAAAAGAACUUUCGGAAGUUAUUUCCAGUGCUUCAUGAAGCUUGUUUUUAAACUCUAAAUCCUACGAAAGUUCUAUUGUCUGGAAGAAAGUCGCUCAAGGUCUUAGGCUGAAGUUAUUUAUGUAAAGCACACGUUUAUGUUGCAUGUAAUGAUCCAUACUGUAUAAACAAGAAAAAUAAAAUAUUGAAACUGUUCA